AAGCCUUCACCAUCUCUCUUCCCCUCUCUCCUCUUCACUCUUUCUCUCCCUUAUCAAAACAAAAAUGGAGGAUAUCUUCGACGGUGCUAUUGGCAUUGAUCUCGGUACCACCUACUCCUGCGUCGGUGUCUGGCAGCACGACCGCGUCGAGAUCAUCGCAAAUGACCAGGGCAACCGGACGACGCCUUCGUACGUCGCGUUCUCCUCGGAGGAGCGCCUGAUCGGCGAUGCCGCCAAGAAUCAGGCCGCGAUGAACCCCAAGAACACCGUAUUCGAUGCUAAGCGUCUUAUUGGCCGGAGAUAUGACGACCCCGAUGUCAAGAAGGACAUGACCCACUGGCCCUUCGAGGUCAUCGACAGGAACGGGUCUCCUUUCAUCAAGGUUGACUACCUCGGCGAGGAGAAGACCUUCAGCCCCCAGGAGAUCUCGUCAAUGGUCCUUACCAAGAUGAAGGAGAUCUCAGAAGCCAAGCUUGGCAAGACCGUCAAGAAGGCUGUUGUAACUGUCCCUGCCUACUUCAACGACUCGCAACGUCUGGCUACUAAGGAUGCCGGCGCCAUUGCUGGCCUUGAGGUCCUCCGUAUCAUCAACGAGCCUACUGCCGCUGCCAUUGCCUACGGCCUUGACCGCCAGUCAAGUGCGGAGAAGAACGUCCUCAUUUUCGAUCUUGGUGGAGGAACUUUCGAUGUGUCACUCCUGAACAUCACUGGCGGUGUCUUUGCCGUCAAGGCGACUGCCGGUGACACUCACUUGGGUGGUGAGGACUUCGACAACAACCUCCUUGACUUCUUCAAGAAGGAGUUCCAGAAGAAGACCAGCCUCGAUAUCUCUGGCGAUGCCCGUGCCCUCCGCCGUCUCCGCUCUGCUUGCGAGCGUGCCAAGCGCACUCUGUCCAGCGUUGCUCAGACCACCGUCGAAGUCGACUCUCUCUUCCAGGGCGAGGACUUCUCGGCGAACAUCACCCGUGCUCGUUUCGAGGAGAUCAACGCUCCGCUCUUCAAGUCCACUCUUGACCCCGUUGAGCGUGUGCUGAAGGAUGCGAAGAUGCCCCGGGAGAAGGUCGACGACAUCGUCCUUGUCGGUGGCUCUACCCGUAUUCCCAAAAUCCAGUCGCUCGUCUCCGAGUACUUCGGUGGCCGUCAGCUCAACAAGUCCAUCAACCCCGAUGAGGCUGUGGCCUACGGUGCAGCUGUUCAGGCCGCUGUUCUCACCGGCCAGACCUCGGACAAGACCGCCGACCUCCUCCUUCUCGACGUCGCUCCCCUCUCCCUCGGUGUCGCCAUGCAGGGCGACAUCUUCGGUGUCGUCGUCCCCCGUAACACGCCCAUCCCCACCACCAAGUCUCGUGUCUUCACCACUGUUGAGGACAACCAGACUACCGUCACCUUCCCCGUUUACGAGGGUGAGCGCACGCAGUGUCGCGACAACCGUCUGCUCGGCGAAUUCGAGCUCACAGGCAUUCCCCCCAUGCCCCGUGGCCAGGCUGAGCUGCACACCACUUUCGAGCUCGACGCGAACGGUCUCCUCAAGGUUACCGCCCAGGACCGUGCGUCUGGCCGCAAAGCACAGAUCUCGAUCCAGAACUCUGUCGGCCGUCUGUCGUCGGUGGAGAUCGACCAGAUGAUCAAGGACGCAGAGCACUACAAGCAGGCGGACAAGGACUUCAGCGCACGGCACGAGGCCAAGGCAGACCUCGAGAGCUACAUCCACCAGGUGGAGAACACGAUCACGAGCCCCGAGAUUGGCAUGAAGAUCAAGCGUCAUGCCAAGUCGCAGGUCGAGGCGGAGCUCGCGCGCGCGCUCGAGAAGCUGGAGAUCGAGGACUCGACGGCGGACGAGCUCCGCAAGGCGCAGCUGGGCAUCAAGCGUGCGCUGCAAAAGGCGACCGCGGGCAUGCGGUAGUGCGGGACAGUUUACGACCGGGCAUGAUUCGCAAUUCUGUCUGUAGAUAUGGCGCCGUGCGGGCAUAUGUGUGUGUAGGAUGUCUCCUAUGAUGUAUGUGUACAACUCGCUGCCUCAUGCAUGCAUACUGCUUUCGUCUGGCUCCCCGUCGCUGUCUGUUUGCCUUUGUCUCUCUUCGCUUCUCGUGCAUCGCUGCCCCUGUCCUUUCUUCGAUCGCAUAUACGUACGCAAGAAUGAAGGUUUCUUUGUAAAAUCAGAAUACCCGUUGCGCUGCUCUGAUGCGACGACAAGACAAGACAAGGCGAAAGCUACUAUUGCUACAGACAACACGCAAGAGAAGAGUUGUGAAGAGUCAGGAAUCGGAUGUUAUGGCCUUGUGAGCUCGCAAGCCGACCUCCAAGAUCCAGAGCUCUUCGUCGGCACCGUCGCACAGGGCCUUGUCGGCCUCCGCGAAGACCAUGGCACACCGAGCCUUCUGGCGUGCAGUAAGCGUGGGGUGCGCUACGACGUAGUCGUGGAGCUGGGCUAUGAUCUGCGACGCAGAGUAGCCCUCACGGAUGAUCGCCUUCGCCUUCUUCCUCACCCCAUCGAACCCCGUCGCCUUCCCGCCCGCGUCGACGUCGACAUCCAUCCCGUCUCCCCCGCCGGUACCGAGCGGCUCGAUCCCGAGCGCGCCCGCAAAGCCCACGACGACGUCGUCGGGCACGACGCCCGCGAUCUCCUGCACGUCGCGGGGCGUGAUGGGCGCGGGGGGCGCGACGGACGUGGCGAGGCGGGCGGCGGACUGGAGGUAGGUGAUCGCGCGGCGGAGGUCGCCGUGGGAGGUGGCGACGAGCGCGGCGGCGGUGCCGGGGGAGAGGGGCACGUUCUCGGCGGCGGCGAUCUGGGCGAGGCGGGCGGAGGUGGCGGAGGGGUC